GAGCGGGUGAGGCCGCGCCUCUUCCGUCCAGUUGCCCUGCUGUCGCAUGUGGAGUGGCAAACACGGCCCGGGGGGUGUUCGUGUAAACGCCUAACCUUGGCGACCGGACUGGCGAGAUGGCGGCGGAGGUGUUGUCGAGUGCGAGGUGGCUGUACUGUGGGGAGCCCGACGACAGCCACAGAGCAGUACUGGUCCAGUUCUCCAAUGGGAAGCUGCAGAAUCCAGGCAACAUGCGCUUUACCUUGUACAAGAGCAAUGACUCCACAAACCCCAGGAAGAGAGGUCAGCGGAUCCUGACAGCUGAAACAGACAGACUUUCCUAUGUGGGAAACAAUUUUGGGACUGGAGCCCUCAAAUGCAACACUCUGUGCAGGCACUUUGUGGGAGUCCUGAACAAGACCUCUGGCCAGAUGGAGGUGUAUGAUGCUGAAUUGUUCAACAUGCAGCCACUGUUUUCAGAUGAAUCAGUCGAGAGUGACUCGACACGAGAGAAUGAGGCCAGAACUUUUAGAGAAAAGAUGGAUUCUUGCAUUGAAGCCUUUGGAACCACCAAACAGAAGCGGGCUUUGAAUUCCAGAAGAAUGAACAGAGUUGGCAAUGAAUCUCUGAAUUGUGCAGUAGCUAAAGCCGCAGAGAAUAUUAUUGAUGCAAAGGGUGUGACUGCUCUGGUCAGUGAUGCCAUCCGUGAUGAACUGCAAGAUGACUCCCUGUACCUUCCUCCCUGCCAUGCUGAUGCAGCCAAGCCUGAAGACGUGUAUAAAUUUGAAGACCUUCUCUCCCCUGCUGAGUAUGAAGCUCUUCAAAGCCCAUCUGAAGCUUUCAGGAAUGUCUCAUCAGAGGAAAUCCUGAAGAUGAUCGAAGAGAACAGCCACUGCUCCUUUGUCAUAGAAGCGUUGAAGUCUUUGCCAUCUGAUGAGGAGAGCCGAGACCGCCAGGCCCGAUGCAUAUGGUUUCUGGACACGCUCAUCAAAUUUCGAGCACAAAAAGUGAUUAAGCGGAAAAGUGCCCUGGGACCUGGGGUCCCCCACAUCAUCAGCACCAAGCUGCUGAAGCACUUCACCUGCUUGACCUACAACAACGGCAGCCUACGGAACUUAAUUUCGGAUUCGAUGAAGGCGAAGGUCACCGCGUAUGUAAUCAUACUGGCUUUGCACAUAAGCGACUUCCAGAUUGACCUGACACUGUUACAGAGGGACUUGAAGCUCAGCGAGAGAAGGAUGAUGGAGAUAGCGAGGGCCAUGAGGCUGAAGAUCUCUAAGAGAAGGGUGUCUCUGGCAGCUGGCGGGGAGGAGGAUCACAAACUGGGCACUCUGUCCAUCCCGCUGCCUCCAGCCCAGACCUCGGACCGCCAGUCAAAGCGGAGGAGGAUCACCUAGAGGGUGCUUUCCAGAUGGAGCAUUUUGGCCACACGGAGCCACUACUUGUGUUCAUUUCUAUUUUUAUUUUUAAAAUGAGAAGGAAAAAGAAGCCUUGCUUUGGCGUGGGUACGAAGCCAGAAGCAGCAUCUCAAGUCGUGCUUGUGUUUGGUGGAAACAUAAAGUGAUCACCAUGUUGGACUUCACCUCUCCCCUCUGGUGUCGCUGUGAUUAUAAAUGGCAGGCGGUUCCUGUGGGAGGGUGGGGCCUGGGGAAGUCCGAGCCAACAGAUCUCGCAGGCUGAACCCUAGGCCAGAUCUAAUGGAUCAGUGUUAAUAAAGAGGGCUGUGAAGAGA